AUGACGACGACUCAAGACAAGAGCGCCUUAUCAUCAGAGGCUCCACUUGCCCCCGUCACCGUCGAAUGCAAUGUUUGUUCCGACCUCGACACCACACUUCCAAAGCCUUACUUGGUUAGAGGGUCGACUGCUCCUGAUAUGUACCAUCAACAAGGAACAAUAGGGCACCCUCAAUAUGGCAUGAGUGUCCUCCAGCAACAUGCUUCCUUCUUUGAUCAAGAUGACAAUGGAAUAGUCAUCUUUCGGCGCCAGGGCUUGCGUUGUCUAACAAUGACAGCAGGCUCAAUUAUGAGAAAUGUGCCUAUUGCAAUUGGAGGGCCAGGUUUGACGGCUAGUGUGAGGUAUAGGAAGGAUGUUCCAACUGGAGGACUUGCAAAUGUGGCUGCCACAGUGAUCAAUCUUCAUGGAUUUGAGGCACUUAGUGACUAUGAAAAUACCCUAAUUGAGGUGGUUGACAACUAA